AUGAAAAUUAUUGAGUUAUAAAUAAAUGAUGGAAAACUAGGAUUUAUUAAGUAAGUACAAAUUGGAAAUAAAUUAUAUGCUAUUAAGUAAUUCAAGCAUAAAGGUGGAGAUUAGGAAUAUAGAAUUCAUAAAUUAUUAAAACACCCAAACAUUUUGAAUUUUAUUAAUGGAAAUGAAAAUUAUAUAGUAACUGAAUUAAUGAUUCCAUUUGAUUUAUAUUUUUUUGUAAAAACUGCAGGUUCUAUGUCAGUUAAUACAUCAAACUAUAUUUUAAAGUAGUUAGUUGAUGCUUUAAAAUAUAUGCAUUAAUUAAGAAUUGCUCAUAGGGAUGUAAAAUUGGAAAAUGUUUUAGUGGAUGAAUAGAAUUACUAAAUCAAACUUUGUGAUUUUGAUGCAAGUGAAAGUUUAGAUUCAGGAAAAGUGCAUAAUUAAGUUGGAACAUCUUGUUAUAUGUCUCCAGAAAUUAAUUUCUAUGGAAAGAUUGAUGCCUAAAAUUUGAUAGAAUGUGACAUCCAUGCUUUAGGUGUUUUAUAUUAUAUUUUACUUUUUGGAAAAUAUCCUUUCAAUACUACAAAUAAAUCAUGUUCUUUAUACAUAUUGAUAUUAAAAAAUAAUUGGGAUAAAUUUUGGUAUUAUUCCUAGAGGAAUAGAAGUGAAAAGAUUCCUAUUUCUUGUUUAGAAUUAAUCGAAGGUAUGAUCAAUUAUGAUCCAAAGAAACGUUUAACUUUGGAUGAAAUUCUUUAUAGAAUUGGAUAAAUAAAUGAAAUAGAGUAUAUCAAUGAGAUGAAAAAUGUUCAUUAUAAAUUAUAGGUGGGGAAAUGA